GAUGACCAGAGCUGCGGAUACAGUACAGGAGAUGACCAGAGACUGCGGACACAGUACAGGAGAUAACCAGAGACUGCGGACAGUACAGGAGAUGACCAGAGACUGCAGACAUAGUACAGGAGAUGACCAGAGACUGCGGACAUAGUACAGGAGAUGACCAGAGACUGCGGACAUAGUACAGGAGAUGACUAGAGACUGCGAACACAGUACAGGAGAUGACCAGAGGCUGCGGAUACAGUACAGGAGAUGACCAGAGACUGCAGGCACAGUACAGGAGAUAAACAGAGACUGUGGACAUAGUACAGGAGAUGACCAGAGACUGCGGACAUAGUACAGCAGAUGACCAGAGACUGCGGACA